AUGGAGGACCUUCCCUUCUCUACGUCUCCUAUCAACGCACGGCCAAAGUCUCUCCUCGAAUCCGGUCUCGGUGACUCCCUUAGGGCCAGUGCUGCGGGGAAUUCUUUUACGAAGAUGGCUCCAGGAUCAAUGCAGACCUCCGGGAUAAACGGUGUCACCUGCGGGAGCACGUUUGACUCAGAUGCCUAUGUAGCCAAGGUCAAUCAUAUGAACUACUUACACGCAACAGCACCUUACUCACCACCAGUACGCACCACAGAAAGCAGGAUAGGGCAGCCCGAAACCUAUGGGUUAGCACGUGAUUUCUUUAAGCGCAGCAUGCCUCGUUCUUAUAGCGCCUCCGCAGGACAUCUCUCUCGGAAGUAUGCGGGGCUUGAACCGGGAUCUCUGACUGGGCGAGACUUUUUCAUAACGAGCAAGGAAAUGGCAGAGCAGAGCAAAAAGAGUGACCCGACCAAGUUGCCUGGCGGUGAAAAUUUUAAGUAUGGGUGGAAAAUCGGUAGUCCGGCAGGGUGCGGAAGGGGAAUUGAUAUCAGCGCCUACAUGACUUCUCCGUCGGCUCUCUUGCGUAGCGAGAGCUAUUUCGAUGCACACAGAAGGCUCUGCAGAGAGCCUGAACCAGAGACGUCUCGCCUUUGCAAGUGUGCCGACUGGGAACGCCCUGUGUGCAAAACCUGUGGAAAGGCCCAUGCAAAUGGCGCUGUUGGAGGCUGCGAAUACGCAAAGGCAGUCUCGGACAGCUACCUAGCAAAGGAAAAGGACUCUGCAUAUGCGUUCACAGUUAAUAACGUCGCUGCCACGCAAGGUCACUUGCUUGCCGCCGGCGCACGCCUCCGCGGAGCACAGAAUUGCAAGAACAACUGCCCUGUUUGCCGCAUGGAGCACUAUCAGCCCUCGGAGCUCUGCAAGGAGCAUAUGGCUCACACGGCAGAUAGAAUCCGAGAUUAUGAAGUGCGCUCCCUUAUGCGCAGCCAAGACUUGGGAUGCGGCCUCCACCCUGACCGGCUUCCUUGCAAGGUUUGCCAUGCACAUCAUAUUAUGUUCACGCCACACGACAACCCUCGAAGCCACCAGUUGCCAGGCUCAUGCAGGGUCUGCGGCUCAUACCACAGUCCCGAAUACAUGCUAGACAGGGCCUGUCGCACAGCAGGAAUGGAUAGUGUUUCCAGGCUUCAGACCCUUGCUAGCUCCACCGGGGUGCCACGUAUGGAUGGGAGCACAUACAGUAUGCCUCAUGGGCCCCUCUCUGGGUCGAGAGGCGGCAUGAUGAAUAAGUCUGGUGCCUUUAAUAGCAACAUGAGUCUCAGCUUGGGCGUUAGCACAGCACCGGGGACUCGUCGUUUCUCGAUAGUAUAA